UAUAAAAAACAAAAGUUACAAAACUCAAAGAUUUUGUAUUCCCUGGCCAUGGUGAGUUGGUUUCUACGUUUGAACUGUCUUUUACAGCUGAUGGGCGCUGAAGUGUAAGGUUUAAGCCUACAGGCACGAAAGCCUGAUAGGUUUGAUUUCUCAUUUCAGAUCAAUAAUUCGGAGAACUUGUGGACACAGAAAAGUGCAGUGAUAAUUGCUAUUGUCGAAAGCUGGACAGCUGCAGCUUGCUGCCGUUAUAAGUACAGAAUUGGAUGGACUCCUCAGCAUUUGGGCCUACCAUUACCAUCGCAGCGAAAACACCGUUCAAGACGCUGGUUUGCUUAUUGCACUCCUUAAGAGCCAUUACUGGAACAUCGCAACGUAAUCGUCGGAAAGCUGUUUUUGACUCGUAUCUGGAAACUUGGAGAAAGAAUUAUGAGUGUAUCUACGGAGUUGCUCCGAGUUCUAACGGAUCCGAUACAUUUUUCCCUUUCUUGCGCUUGUUACUGCCGAAACACGAUGAGCGCCCCACAUUUUCCUUGCAAGAAUUCACACUGAGCAAAUGGUUCCGGAUUGUUUUUAAUUUGAGUAGUGAUUGUACUACUUCGCAGACACUGACUGCUUGGCGACGGCAUAUUUCCAAACGGGAAAAUGUAGGCGACUAUGCCGCCGUUGCGGCAAACGCGCUGGAUCGGCAUUUAGUGAAACCGAAAAAGAAGGAUUUGUCUGUGGAGGAGAUCAAUAAUUGUCUGGAUGCGCUUGCAGAGGCUAAUAGCCUUAUAGGAAUUCCUCGCAAAGAGAAAUACCAGAGCACCUUCACAUUUUUGCUGCAGCGAAUCGACAAGCAAGAACUGGAAUGGCUAAUUCGCAUUCUGCUCAGAGAUCUAAAACUGGGAAUAAGUUUCGAAGUGAUUAUGGACCUUUUUCACAAGGAUGCCAAAGACAUGUUUGCAGCCCACGCCAAACUUUCGGUUGUUUGUCAGAAACUAUGUGACAACAAAGUGCGAAAGCCGCAGUACGGUGUUCAGCUGAUGGAGCCAUUGCUGCCUAUGCGUGCAGAAUUAUGGGACUUCAGUAAAAUCGACGCUGCGCUCAGGAUCACUCCGUUGAUAGCGGAAAUUAAAUACGACGGUGAACGUUUUCAGAUCCAUAAAGAUGGCAAGCGAUUCCGGUUUUUUUCUAGACCCGGAAAUGAUUACACUGCUGUUUUGGGAGAAACUGCUACCGAAGGGACGCUGCUGCAGUAUAUUGCGCACUGUUUUCGACCACAUGCGGAAAGUUUCAUAAUAGAUGGUGAGCUGUGCCCGUACUAUACAAAGAAACGUUGUUUUGGGUCUAAAGCAGAUAUUAACUGGAUGAAAAAACUGACGGGUUCAUCCGGAUGCCAGUUAUGCUUCGUCGCUUUUGAUAUCCUACACUUAAACGGCCAGGUUUUGAUGGAUCGCCCAUGGCGAGACCGAGUUGAAAUACUUAAAGGACUGUUUGCAGAGGAGGAAGGGCGUUUAGUCUACUCAAUUCGCCGGGAGUUUUCCAUCAUCGACGAAUGCAUGGAUUUUCUUAACGAGAUCGCGAAUACAGAGGAAGGUUUGAUAAUCAAAGACCCGCGAUCUGUUUAUCAACCCAAAAUUCAGUCGCCCUAUUGGUGGAAAUUGAAGCCAGAAUUUGUUGGAAGUUUGUGUGAACAAUUGGACUUACUCAUUAUUGGAGCGUACCGAGGACACGGAAAUUCGGUUGCCGGGAAUUUUCUAUUGGGUGUGAUUGAUGCCAACAACGGCGGAGCGGAUGAGCAACCAAAACGCUUCUUCUCCAUUUGCAAUAUUGCCGUUGGAUUCAAAAGAACAGAACUGGAAUCGUUGGUAUUGAAAUUAAUUCCACAUUUGCGGCCAUGGGAUAAUCAUUCCCAACCAGAUUUUAUUGUGCUGGGUAGCCGAGAAGCUUGUAGGCCAGAUUACUGGGUACAUCCAAAUGUAUCGGCUGUCGUGCAGGUGCGAGCGUCACAACUUAUUCGGAAUGAUGGUUUUGGUGCUGGUUUUGCCCUACGAUUUCCUCGUGUGGUACAAAUUCGAUCCGAUAAGAACUGGUCUGAUACCACAACAUUAUCAGAUAUAAACCGCAUUGAUCGGGAAAGAAACAGGCGAUUGGGCGCUGUAAACGUUAAUGUAGAUGACCUGCGACAUCCAGCACGUUCAUUCUCUUUUCGAAGAUCGUCAGAAGGAUCGCGGCUGCCCGUCCACGAAUGGUUUGUUACUCCGAAGGAUUUAACCAUAAAAUCCGGUUUAUUCAUGGGUAAGGAGUUUUGCGUGACUACCGGAGAUGAUACCGGUGAGAAGGAACGGAUCCAGCGUCUGAUCUUGGAGAAUGGAGGAACAUGUACGCUGCAUCGAUCAAAUACUACUUUCUGUGUAAUCAGCACAAAGGUCUGCACAAAAGUGCGAAACAUGGUGAUACGUGAUCCAUUAGAUAUCGUUCGACCGACUUGGAUUGAACGGUGUAUUGCAUCCGGAAGUAUACUACCAUGGCAUCCCGAUGACCUACUGUACAGUAAGCCAAGAACGUCUAUGGUUGUGAAGAGGUCGUAUGAUGAAAAUGACGACAGUUUUACGGAAGAUGUUGAUGUUGACGAAGUCGAGAGGUUGUUUAGCAAAAUGGAUGCUAAAUUGCUGGCCGAAACCAUUUCGAAGGAUAAGCUCGAUGAUUUCGUAAUGGAGAAGUUCUGCAGCAUUUUCUGGGCUAAUGAACUGAUCUUGUUUCGUGGGUUGAGUUUUUUCGUACUCAACCGGCAGUCUUCAAUCAUGCUAGAAGUUGUGGCGGACGCAAUCAAGCACUUCGGUGGCUUGGUCAAGUUAAAUAUGGAAGAACAACCAAGUCAUGUUGUGGUCCAACGGGAUGUGAAUUCGGAUGAUGUUGACGCACUGAAGACAACUUGCCAUAAAAGCAAGAUUCGUGUUGUGGCAUGGACUUGGGUGAUCGACUGCAUUAGUGAGCUCCGCUUACUGGAUGAGCGCGAAUACUAUCCUCAUGAGGCAUUUACCAAAAAGAUAAUACCUUCUGUGAUUUCUGUAUUUGAUUGUUUAAGUGAUCCUGUUGCACCAGUUAUUCCCGUGGUUUAAGCUUUUCCCGGCUUUUUGAAUUUAUAGUGUACUCUGUAUUUAUUGGUUUCUGUUCGAACGUUUUCACUGUAAAUACAUAUUAGUUAGAAUUUUGAGCUAAUCUGAAUAUUUUAUUUCUACAUUUAUGAAUCUGCAAAAACGAGUUUGUUCCGCACAGUUCGUUGUCUUCUAACAUAGCUCUAUGGACAGCAUGCGAACACAACGCAGUUAAACUAGAAAGCAAUGAGAUCAUAAAUCUGAGCUCGGCGAAGCCAAAAC